AUGGCAUCGUCAGACCAUCCCUAUCAGAAGCUUGACAUUGACGAGCGAGUUAAGCGUGUUCUUCUCAGGACGCCGCUCAUCGAUGGCCACAAUGACCUGCCUCAGCAACCGCGGGCAUGCUUUCACGGCAAGAUUCACAACAAUCCGAAAUUCGACUUCGCAAAUGGAUUUGAGAGGGGAAUGACGGAUAUCCCCCGACUGAGAGAGGGUGCCGUCGGAGGCCAAUUCUGGUCUAUUUGCGUCCCUUGUCUCAGGUCCGCGGAGAACUUUUCGACAGCAGAGUACUCGGACAUGGCGCGCGACGCCAUUGAGCAGAUUGAUAUGACGCUUCGGCUUGUUGAGUCGUACCCGGAGACGUUUGAAUUGGUGAAUGGACCAAAUGAUGUGAAGAAGAUUUACGAGUCUGGGAGGAUAGCUUGCUCCAUCGGUAUUGAAGGUAUUGGUAUUAUCAGAGCAUUUUACCGCCUGGGCGUCAGAUAUUGCACUUUCACUCAUGUCUGCAACAAUGCAUUCGCCGAUAGCUCAACAUCCAAAGUCGGCGCUGUGCACGGCGGACUCUCUAAGCUGGGACGUGCUGCAUUGAUCGAGAUGAACAGAUUAGAAGACUGCGCCAAGCAAGUCCUCGAGCAGACCCGCGCACCAAUCAUGUUCUCCCACUCCAACGUCAAGGGCGUCUUUGACUGUCCCCGCAACGUCCCGGACCACAUCCUAGACAUGGUCCCAGCCAACGGUGGUAUCGUGAUGGUAACCUUUGUCCCGGAGCACGUCACUACACGUCGACGGGACGCCAAGAUGGACAUGGUUCUCGACCACUUGUUCUACAUUGCCGAGCGUAUCGGCUGGGAUCACGUUGGUCUCGGCUCCGACUUUGACGGUAUCGCAUCUGUCAUCCCCGGCUUGGAAGACGUCAAGUGCUACCCGAGACUCCUCAAGGCUAUUCUUGAUAGGGGCGCGACUGAGGAGCAGCUUGCUAAGGUCGCUGGUGAAAAUAUCUUGAGAGUGUGGCGUGGUGUUGAGAAGGUUAGGGAUGAGAUGAAGGCUGAAGGGGUCUUGCCGGUUGAGGAUGUGUGGGAAGAUCGGACUUGGUGGAGGUAUGAUGGGUACUACCAGAUGCCGGAUCCUGAUCCUGAGGAUAAGCUGGGCUUGGACUGGUAUGGUGUUCCGCCUCCGGAUGAGGGCUUGUAUCUGGACGACAAAUAG